CGUUUGCCGAGAGGGAGGGAGUCGGGAGUGAGCAGUCAGAAUGUACAGCGAACAGGGUUACAACCCAUUGGCACCACACUGGACUAAAAUCAUGUUUGAAGAAGAGAUCAGAAAUAAAGGACAGAAAUUUUUCAACAAGACCCCGUGUUGAGUCAAAAGAAAACUACUUCAGGAGCCUGGGCGAAAAUCCUAAAUAAAGACACGUCUAAUAAAACAUUUUAAGUAAACACAUCAUUUAAUACAUCUUUUUUUAUUAUUAUUUGCUUCUGCUUCUGAAAAAAACACACAUAGCAAAGUUCCGAAUUCUCUCUGCCUGACGUGGGUCCACCAGAACAUCUACCGGAGUAGGACUGACCAAAAUCGGUACUCUUCGCAGGUAGUCGCCAGAUCUGCUACCAUGGACCUGGCAGUCAUGAAGAUCUCCCUGCUGCUGGUGGCCUCUGCUGUCUCUCUGUUGUCUCUUCCAGGUGCCAGGGCAGGGAAUAACACCCCCAAUGGCUGCGCUUCGUCGCUCGACCCUCUCUUUUUCAACCUGUGUGACUUGGGAGCGGUCUGGGGGAUAGUGCUGGAGGCGUUUGCAGGGGCCGGCGUGGUUUGCUCCUUCAUCCUGCUCAUCGUGCUGCUGGCCAGCCUGCCCUUCGUCAUCGAGGGAAAGAAGAAGCGCACGGCGGGGCUGCAGGCCGGCCUCCUGGUGUGCACUGCCGGCCUGUUCUCCCUCACCUUCGACUUCAUCGUCGGCCGGGACUUCUCCACCUGCGCCUCCAGGCGCUUCCUUUUCGGAGUGCUGUUCGCCGGCUGCUUCUCCUGCCUGUUUAUGCACUGCAUCCAUCUCAACAUGCUGGCGCGCAAGAACUCGGGCCCCCGGGGCUGGGCACUCUGCCUGGGCGCCCUGGCCCUCUGGCUGGUGGAGGUGAUCAUCAACACGGAGUGGCUGAUAAUCACCAUCGUCCGCUACCCUCCCAACAAAAGCUCCCCAGGAAACCCCUGUGACAUUGCCAACCAGGACUUUGUGAUGGCUUUGAUCUAUGUGAUGGUUCUCAUAUUGGCUGUUCUCUUAGCCGCCUUCCCCACCCAGAUAGUAAAACACAAGCACUGUAGAAAGGAAGGCAUCUUCAUCAUCUUGACCAGCUCCCUCUCUGUAGGCAUCUGGGUAGCCUGGAUAGUGAUGUACGUGUAUGGGAAUGAAAAGAGAGGUAGUCCUAGGUGGGAUGAUCCCACUCUGGCCAUUGCCUUGGUCUCCAACGCCUGGGUCUUUCUCCUCCUGUACGUGAUCCCUGAAAUCUGCCUCCUCAUCAGCGUCAACGAGCCCGAGCAGGCCUACGGAGAUGUCCUCUACCCCACCAGAGGCGUGGGCUACGAGACCAUCCUUAAAGAGCAGAGCUCCCAGAACAUGUUCGUGGAAAAUAAAGCCUUCUCCAUGGAUGAGCCAAACCCAGCCAUCAAGCCUGUGUCCCCAUACGGGGGCUACAAUGGACAGAUGCGCAGCUGUGUGUACCAGCCAACAGAACUUGCACUGAUCAGUAAAAGCCCUGGAAAGGCAGACGCGGUGUACGACACGACCCUUCCUCGGGCCGCCUUGAGCUCCCAGUCGCAGGGCGGCAGCAGCUCCACAGCCCGAGCCGAAGACACCCACGCUGCGGCGGGACACGGCAGUGGCAACGGCCUCUACAGAAAUUGGUGAUUGUCCAUUCCCCUGGUUGGCAUGUCGUCAAGACUAACUGUGGAUCCAGCUCAUCUCAGGCUUUUUGUUUGGCUGCUGCUCUCUGUGAACUGCUGGGCCAGUGUACGGAAUGGGAAGGCUGUGGCCUCUUCACUCAGUACUCUGACUUGUUGCCUCAAUCUGGAGUGGACUCUGAUCUUCAUAAGGCUCUCUCUCCUCUCAGUGUCAGUGUCAUACUCUGCUAGAAAACCCAUGGUAUGCACUGUUGAAACAGCAGACAAUGGCUUUUUAAAAUAUGAUAAUUUUUUACCUACAAGUUAAUCCUACAACGUCCCUGUGACUGGGCUGGAAACAGUGGUAUGACCUGAUGUUUUUUUUUUAUUAUUAUUUUGUGAGAGACAACUAGUGGCACCAAUGAAGACCACGCAAAGAGGGGGUCAGAGGUUUCAAGUGUCUCUGCUUUUACGGACUCACACGACCAUACGCACCCACUCUAAACCUCCCCUGCUUCCCAAGGAAUUGACAAAAUACAAAAUGGGCUCUAGAGAAGAGCUGAGGA